AGCGGCGGCGGAGCGAUGGCGGCGGACGGGAGGGCGGCGGACGGGAGGGCGGCGGCGGCGCCGGUGGAGCUGCAGCCGGAGAGGGACGCGGAGGGCGGCGGCAGCGAGCCGGAGGGCGGCUUCGGGCAGCUGCUUGAGGAAGAGGAGGACGGGGAAGAUGCCGGCUACGUGCUGUACAGGGACAGGAAGGAAUGGGCUGAUAUUGAACCUGUUCCUCAAAAUGAUGGGCCGAAUCCUGUUGUUCAGAUAAUCUACAGUGAAAAAUUCCGAGAUGUCUAUGAUUACUUCCGGGCUGUUCUGCAGCGGGAUGAGAGAAGCGAAAGAGCUUUCAAGUUAACAGCAGAUGCCAUUGAGUUAAAUGCUGCAAACUACACAGUAUGGCAUUUCCGGAGAGUCCUCCUGCAGUCUUUGGGAAAGGAUCUGCAUGAGGAACUUAAGUACAUUACAGCUAUCAUUGAAGAUCAGCCAAAGAACUACCAAGUCUGGCAUCACAGGCGGGUGCUGGUUGAGUGGUUGCAGGAUCCAUCCCGAGAGCUUGAGUUCAUAGCUGACAUUCUUAAUCAAGAUGCCAAAAAUUACCAUGCCUGGCAACACAGACAAUGGGUUAUUCAGGAGUUCAAAUUAUGGGACAAUGAACUGGACUACGUAGACCAGCUUUUGAGAGAAGAUGUGAGAAACAACUCUGUUUGGAACCAACGGCACUUUGUCAUUUUCAACACCACUGGCUAUGAUGACCCGGCAGUCCUAGACAGAGAAGUCCGGUACACCCUUGAGAUGAUCACAGCAGUGCCUCAUAAUGAGAGUGCUUGGAACUACUUAAAAGGGAUUCUACAGGAUCGUGGUCUUUCUAAAUACCCAAAUUUGCUGGAAGAACUGUUGAAUUUACAGCCCAGUCACAGUUCACCCUAUCUGAUUGCCUUUCUUGUGGACAUAUAUGAAGAUAUGCUAGAAAACCAGUGUGAUAACAAGGAAGAAACACUGAACAAGGCAUUGGAGUUGUGUGAAAUUCUGGCUAAAGAAAAAGACACCAUCCGAAAAGAGUACUGGAGGUACAUUGGAAGGUCCCUUAAGAGCAAGCACAGUUCAGGCACUGAACAGAGCAGCACACUGACAGAUAAAGAGCAGUAACUGAAGAUGGAAGAAAACAGUGUUAAGCUCUCAAGGUGUUCUAAAGCUGUACUAAGUAGGGUUGUUAACAAGUUUGAAGUCCAUUUGUAAGUAUUGUAAUGAAAGGGGAAUACAGCCUGCUGUAUAGUCCUGAGCUGCUGCUGCUACUGGUGAUAGCUCUAGGUGCAGUUAAGAAAUGUACUAAGGCUUAAUUAUUGAAAUGUACCAAGUAACGGUUUCAGUUCCUAACUAAAAAUACAUAAAGCUCUACCUUUUAUAUUGGCAGUGCUGAAUUAACCAGUUAAUCAAGGUUGGCCUUGAUCUUAACGUGUUUUUCCAACAUAAGUUAUUCUAUCAUUCUGUGAAGCACUAAAAUAAUUUCUCUUGUCCUGGCUUACCCACUUGUGGUUCCUAACACUCUCAUCAGGUGCUGCAGUAGUGACUGCAGCUAACUUAGCUAUAAGGGGAUAUAAAGUAACCUAGUUAGUGCAGAUCAGCACUGCAGCUGUUGCCUUAUGUGGGAGCAGCUGUGUGCCGCUGUCAGCCUAUGCUGUUGUAUGCAAAUAACACCAAGUGUAAUUUUAUAAUAAAAAUAGAUAACUUAGAGUACUUGUCUGAAUUUUUUUAAUGUGUUUCUUUUGGUCCUUUUAAGUGCAUAGUUUGUUCUUUUCAGAUACUAAUAGAGAUAAAAUAUCCCCUUGUAUAAGUACUGGAUUCUGUUUCAUUGAAGUGUCUUUUGCACUGGAGUAUUCUUAUCCAAGAAACUUUCAGUACACGUGAUAUAUUCAGUGGAGCUGUGAAUUCUUACCUGCACAGACAGGAAAAAAUGGUUUGAGUAUCCUGGGGGAUGUGUAUACCUGCACCAGAAAAAUGCAUCUGUCCUGUUUACAGUAAAUGGCUAUUGUAAACUGUAUUCUUAUGGAGUGCUUGCCUGAUAUGAAAUAUUUUACUGGAAACGAUC